AUGCAAUCCGUGCCCAACAUUCCCGGCAUUCCUGUCAGAGAUGACCGUGCCUUGAAAGAUAAAGUCGCCCAAUUGCUCGACAUGAAGAAAUACAAAUUCCCAGGUGCUCAACCUGUCAGCUUUGGAUCAGAGCAGUUGAAAGAACUUCAAAGAGAAGAUUAUUUUGUCGCCGAAAAGUCUGAUGGUGUACGAUGCCUGGCUUUGCUGUCGGUCGACGAGGAAAAACGACCCAAAGUUUAUUUGUUUGAUCGCAAGAGCAACUUUCAUGUCGUGGAUAAUAUUCGAUUUCCCAUUCCUCAAGAUCCAAACUUUCGAAAGUGCCUUACGGAUACUAUCAUUGAUGGCGAGUUGGUGCUGGAUAAGGAGCCUGAUGGAACAACACAAUUGCGCUUUUUACUUUUCGAUUGUCUCGUCAUUAUGAAGAAGAUCUUGACUUCAAGGGAUUUAAUGAAGCGCCUAGGAUAUCUCAAAAACGAUGUUAUUCGACCCCAUCAAAACAUGUUGAAAAAGAACCCAGAGAUGGCCAAAUAUCUGCCAUUCCAGGUGGCGUUCAAGGAGCAACAAUUCACAUAUCAUCUCGACACCGUAUUCAAUCAAAUCAUCCCUGCAUUGAAGCAUGGCAAUGAUGGAUUAAUAUUCACGUCUGUCAAUGCCCCUUAUUCACUUGGUACAUGUGACAAGAUGAUCAAAUGGAAACCAGCGAAUGAAAAUUCGAUUGACUUUAAGAUCCAUCUCAAGUUCCCUGGCAGCAGCCUUCCCGGUGUACUGGAUUACACUGCAACACCAAGGAUAGACUUACUGGUUUGGCAAGGAGAGGACAAGUAUCGUUAUUUCGAUCAAUUGGGCAUCACCGACAGCGAGUGGAAGCGUACCUUUGGAGCCAUACCCAUCAAAAAACUAGAAGGCCGCAUCAUUGAAUGCAAUUAUGACCCCGAGAUACAAGAACGAUACGACUUGCCAUCACCGUGGCGGUUUAUGCGGUUUCGUGACGAUAAGCCUGAUGGAAAUCACCAAUCUACAGUCGAUAAGGUCCUUUGCAGCAUCCGGGAUGGCGUUUCUAAAGAUGAGCUUAUCGAGAGGAUUCCAAGGAUACGAGAUGCUUGGUUUGAGCGUAAAAAGAAGCGCGAGGAGUAG